CGUGGACUGACCCCAGGUCUUCCUCCCUGGCUACCUGAUGAAGAUCGGAUUGUUGGUGGACAGCCUACAACCAUAGAAAAGUAUCCGUACCAGGCUAAAAUUUUCGUUGAUUUCAUUGACGGCUAUUGCAGCGGCACAAUUAUAUCAGAGCGCCGCGUAUUGACCGCAGCGCAUUGCGUCUGGUCACGUGACAUAUCUAAUCUCCACAUUGUUGUGGGUAGUUCUUCUGCAGAAAGGAGUGCCCAAGUUCUGAAGGUCUCUGCUAUUCACGAACACCCCUCGUACGAUCAUAGAACUUUUGAUAACGAUAUUGCAAUCCUGGAGUUAAGCUCCCCUAUUUCCUUUGGCCGAGGCGCGCAACCAAUUGCAACUGCUGCGCCGGGUUCAGAACUGCCGGCCGGAACGCUCGCCACUAUCACGGGAUGGGGCGCCUUGAAAUCCGGUAGCUCAAGUCGGAAUCAACUUUACGCGGGGCUAGUCAAAAUCGUCUCGAUCAGCGAUUGUAGACGGGCUUAUCCAACCCAUGCAAUCACUGAUAACAUGUUCUGUGCCGUUGGAGAAGGAGUUGGUGGGUGUCAGGUAGAUUCAGGCGGGGCUCUUCUGGUUAAUGGAGUAGCAUAUGGAAUUUAUAGCUGGGGCUAUGGCUGCGAUCAUCCAGAUUAUCAUGGGGUUUAUACAAAAUUAUCAAAGUACCAUAGUUUUAUAAGCCAGUUCAUUUGGAAAGGAAUUAUUUCUUAGUAAAAAAUAUCAAUAUACAAACUUAACUUAUUAUGUAAUUAGUAUGUACAUGGACGUUUGUAAUUUACUAUAUCUGUAGGCGAUUCGUAACCGUUAAAUAAUUGCACCGAAAUUCCUUCAAUUAUGUAAACAUGUCUUUUGCAUAUGUACCUACAUUUGUUUAAAAGAAAUUGUAUUGUAACUAUCUACUGUACACAAGUAAGUAAAGUUACUUACUUAUACCUAGUUCUAUAUAUUUAUCAUAUAGAAUGUAUUAUUAAGUUGCGAAAUUGAUGUUCUCAUAGGUUUGGGGUUUUAUACAAAUGCAUUUUUGGUCGAAUAUCAAAUUUAUAAUAAAAUAUAAUUUAAUUAGUAGAAUUAAUCUUACUAGAAUUAAUAAAUUCGAAAUUAGUUAGUGGCAGUGAAUUAAUAACUAGUUUAUUUAAUUAGCAAUUAAAAUUCAACUUUUGUGAAGUACAUGAAAUUAAUAAUUACACUUAAUUACUGGAAAAAGAAAUAUUUGAAAUUGAAACUGAAUACAACUAUUGGUAUAUGUAUGAA